UGCCCCUACCCUCUAAACAUUUAAAAGCCUUACAGCUUGCGUUCUUUACCGACACACGCCGCCCUUGUUCUGCCGCUAAAUUUUCCCUCUCGCCGGAGUUUGAAGCUUUCCGGCCGCCGUCUCCGCCGCCGUUGCUUAUGUUGCUGAGUUGACUUAGUUGUUCUUUUCUUGCUGUUAAUGGCAAUGUCGUCUUUGUCGAAGCGUUCGUCUCUCAGUCCGCCUCAGCCGGCCGUGGCAGCGAAUCACGAUCUCAAGCAACGGGUUAUUGCCUGUCUCAACAAGCUUGAAGACCGCGAUACUCUUGCUAUGGCGGCAAAUGAGUUGGAAUCCAUUGCUAAGGCUCUUACCUAUGAUUCAUUCUCGUCGUUUCUCUCUUGCAUUCAUAAUACUGAUGCAUCGUCGAAAUCGCCGGUGAGGAAGCAGUGUGUGUACCUUCUCGGUAUUCUUUCUCAGUCUCAUGGAGAUGCUUUGUCUCCUUUUGUGUCGAAGAUGAUUUCUACUGUUGUUCGUCGCCUCCGUGAUUCGGACUCUACAAUCCGAUCUGCUUGCGUUGACGCUACGGCUUUAAUGUCGUCGCAAAUUACGAAGCCGCCAUUCUCUGUUUUUUUGAAGCCGUUGAUGGAGACACUUACGCUUGAGCAGGAUAUCAAUUCGCAGAUUGGUUCAGCUCUGUGUCUCGCAGCUGCGGUUGAGGCUGCACCUGACCCAGAUGUGUCACAGCUGAGGAAGAAUUUGACUAGGUUGGGGAAAUUGGCGAAGAACGAGGGAUUUAAGGCGAAGGCUGCGUUGCUGGUGCUGAUUGGGAGUAUUAUUGCUGUCGGUGGUGCGACGAGUCGAAGCGUAAUGGACUGGCUGGUGCCGUGCAUUGUUGAAUUCUUGAGCAAUGACGAUUGGGCAGUGAGGAAGGCGGCCGCAGAAACUCUCGGGAGGGUGGCCGUCGUUGAAAGGGAUUUGACGGCCGACUAUAAAGCAUCGUGUAUCAGUACUUUGGAUAGUCGGAGAUUUGAUAAGAUCAAGGUCGUUCGGGAGACAAUGAACCAAACUUUGGAGUUAUGGAAAGAGAUUCCCGACGCUUCCGGAGACGUCUCAACUGAUAAUGGCAAUGGUGGAUGCUUUCCUCCCGCUUCCACAUGCCCACCUGAACAAAGUUUAAGAACGCCGUUGAAGAAAACAGUCCCCACUAGCACACCCAUAUCUACUAAUAAAAAGAUCAGUCCAAAGAACACAGAUAAGAAUUCAAGUACACCCAUAUCUAAGCUGCAACGCCUGAAAUCUUCCAAUUGGAGAGUUGAAAUUGCAGUAUCAAACUCCCCUUCCCCCUCUUCAAAAUUUGCUUCUGAGAACAAUGCUGGUGGUGGUGGUUCUGAAAACAUAGAUUUCCAAGAGAAUGGAAAUUCCCUUUUCACUGCAAAACGAGUCCUUUAUAAUAAUGUGGGUGAUGAGAAAGUUAACAAGUCCAACAAUUUGAGAUCUGGGUCUCGCGUAGUUCCGUUUGAGGAGCACGAGAACAUUCAGGAGCAUGAGAGUAGAGAUUCGGAUGUUACUGUUGGCAGCUCAAGUGAAGAAAAUUUUGGGAGCCACAAAGAAUUUGAAGAUAUCUCCCUGAUUCGUGACCAACUUCGUCAGAUUGAGAACCAACAAUCUAGCCUUCUAAACCUUCUACAGAGCUUUAUUGGGAGUUCUCAGAGUGGGAUGAAUUCAUUGGAGAAACGAGUACAUGGACUGGAGAUGGCAUUAGAUGAAAUAUCUUACGACUUGGGUUUGUCAAGUGGAAGAGUACCUAAUACCAAUUUUGCUGAAAACUCAUGUUGCAAGCUGCCAGGUGCAGAGUUUCUUAGUUCCAAGUUCUGGAGGAGAGCAGAAGGGCGGUAUUCAAGUUCAAAGUUCUGUUCUACAGCACAAGUCUCAUCACCUAAUGAUCUGCAUCACACGCUCGAUAGAGAUUCCGUUACAGAAGCAUUUAAGCGGAACAACCAAAGAUUCCGAACAGAAAGAAGGGGAGGAUUAGUUACAAAUCCGUUGGCUGAAGUUGAUGGUGAACUUAAAGAAAACUUGGGGCAGUAUCCAAAAAGAUUACUGAAGACUGUGAUCCAAGAAAAUGACAAUGUGCAUAUUUACAGUGCAAGUGGGACUGAUUAAGUUCCUUCAAUUCCUUCAGACAUAGCCGUAAACCUCAUCAACAGAGUCUGAACUGAAAUUACCCCUUUUUGAAGGCUUGUUUUUUCCUAAAGAGAGGGAGCAGGGUGGUCCUGAGAAGGGCGAAAGCAAUGAAUGGCCAAGUUAUUAUGGACGGAUCUUGCGAAAUAUGACUUCUCAGAGUUGGCAUUAACCUCAAGAUCAGGUAGGUCUGUUUUGGGGUUAUUUGUGUCUCAUACAUGCAUGCUUUACAAAGGUCUUUUUCGAUUGUAAUGGUUGAUGCCAGAGCCUGUCUUCUUUGCCACGUGAAAACUGACAGAGUGCAAUCCUUCUUACAGUUUACUCCAUCUUUUUAUUUUUCUUCUUAUCUUGGGGCUUUCUGUCACUUCUCUGUCUCUUCCAAGGUAGGAGAAAGACCUAAUGGUUUUGUAUGGAUUGGCCAGUGAAUAACAUAAAAUCAGGCAUACCUCUUUUAGAUUCUUGAAUCACUCAGCCCAACAAAUUGAAUUGAGUCCACGUUUAUCUCAGUAAAAAAAAAUUGUAAUAAAUGAAUGGUAAUUUGAAAAGCGGGUCACAUAUGAUUAUAUUUGGUGUUGUUUACUUGUGUUCUAUAUCCGUACGGAUACAUUGAGUUUACUUUCAAAUCUGUAAUAAAAAGACGCAAAUUGAUUGACAA